AUGACUCGUAGAGUCCAUGCCCAAAAUCCUGUGACGAAUGGCCAAGGUGCUCAGGGCCAUUACACUUCUGAAGCCUCCUCCUCGAAAAGCAACCAAUCAUCAGUAUUGCGACCGGCCUGGGAGACACUUCUUGUGGUGCACCCGCGUUCUAAACUGAAAACGCACCUGGUCCCGGCCGCCCACGGCCACGCCUUCGAGGUGAAGGCUUCGUCCCAUUUCCGCAUCGUCGAUCUCCACGGCCAGCAGGUAGUCGAUUUUAUGGCAUGGACACUACCCUACUCGCCCGCCACGAACUCGGAGCAUUUCUCUACGAGCUACACUCGCUAUGCACUGGGAGGUUCCGCGUCUCCGCAGGUAGGCGAGGCGCUCUACACGAAUCGGGACCGAAAAAUGUUUACUAUCGUCGCGGACAUGGUCAAGACCCACGAUCUGCUUUUCAUGGCUUGUAACCCGGGCUUUUAUGCACGCCAAGGCCAGCCUGUCCAUCGCUCCUGUGCCACUAAUGUUGCCGAAGCGAUGAAACCCUGGGGCAUGAAGCACUGGAGCGAAGUCGUUGAUCCGUUCAAUGUCUUCCAAAACACUCCCUAUUACACGAUCAAGGCGCUGAAUUGUUCCCGGCCGGGAGAUUUCCUAGAGAUGCGGGCGGAAGUGGACGCUGUGUGCGCCGUGAGCAGUUGCCCGUUUGAAGCAGAUGGAUUCAAUGGUGGGAGAGCCACAGAAAUUGCUGUGGUGACCGAGGUCGACGAUGAGGAUGAGCAAUUGGAGCAUUGA